UGACCUUGAAAACAAUUAUAACCCAACUUUUUGUGAUUGAAUUAAGAAAUUUGUUAUAAACUAUUAUGGAUGAAAAUCGCAAAAAUAUUGUGGUGGUGGUUCUAGGAGAUAUAGGGAGAAGUCCUCGGAUGCAGUAUCAUUCCUUAUCGUUAGCUGAGCAUGGGCACAAAGUUGAUAUCGUGGGCUAUAAAGAAACCAAACCCUUAAGCCAGCUGGAAUCAGCCCCCUUAGUCAGCUUGCACUAUUUGCUGCCUUACCCCAACGUUCCUCUUCCAAGACUAAUGAAUUACCUUUUCAAAACAUUGUGGCAAAUCGUUACAUUAUUAUUUGUUUUAUUAAUAAUAAGGAAACCACAUUUUGUAUUGGUCCAAAAUCCUCCUGCUGUUCCAGCUUUGUUGGUGUGCUGGUUUUAUUCCUUUGUUUAUAGUGCCAAGUAUAUUAUUGAUUGGCAUAACUAUGCAUACAGUAUUAUGAGCUUAACUAAUGGCCCUAAUCAUCCUCUAGUGAAAUUGACUAAGAAAAUUGAACAGUUUUGUGGAAGUAGAGCAUCUGCUAAUUUUUGUGUUACCAAAGCUAUGAAAGAUGACCUCAUGAUUUGGAUCAAUAUAAAAGCCACAGUAUUAUAUGACCGUCCUCCAGACAUAUUUAAACCAAUUUCUUUAAAAGAGAAACAUGAAUUUUUUAGUAGAAUUAGCACCGUUUACAAUAACUUCUCAUCAGAAAUAGACUUUUUAACAGCAUUUACAGAAGCAGAUGAGUUAGGAAAUAUUAAACAAAAUUCCAAAAGACCUGGAUUAAUUAUUUCAAGCACAAGUUGGACAGAAGAUGAAGAUUUUUCAGUUCUUUUCAGUGCAUUACAAAGCUAUGAAAAUAGUUGCAAUGAGAAUUCUAAUUUACCCACACUGGUUUGCAUUAUAACAGGAAAAGGCCCAUUGAAAGCGUUUUAUAAAAAUAAAAUUGCAACAAACAAUUUUAAAAAAGUAACAUUUAUAAUGCCAUGGUUAGAGUUCCAAGAUUAUUCCCUUAUGUUGGCAUCUGCUGAUUUGGGGGUCUGUUUGCAUAAAAGCUCAAGUGGUUUCGAUUUACCAAUGAAGGUUGUUGAUAUGUUUGGCUGUGGUUUACCAGUUUGUGCUAUUGAAUUUGCUUGCAUAAAUGAAUUGGUAGUUGAUGGAAAAAACGGAUUUACUUUUAAAUCGUCGGAUGACCUGUCUAAGAUUUUCAUUAAUUGGUUUACUGAUUUUCCAAAUAGUCCUAAACAAAAGGAGUUAAAUUAUAAAUUUAAAUUAGAGCUUGAAACUUUUCAACAACUCAGAUGGAAAGAAAAUUGGGACCAAACAGUCUAUCAUGUUUUCAAUUAAAAAUAUGGAUGUAUUAUAUUUUUCUAAUACAAUAUUGUUGUCUAAUAAAACAUUACCUUACUCUUAAUUUUAAAUAAAUCAGUAAAAA